ACCUACACUUUGUUUUAAAAAUGCCAGCCAUCUCUUUAUACUGCAUGUAGCGCGGAGGAAAAGUUAAUGGGGCCCCGGAGGUGGAUGAAUGGGUGAAUUGAUUGAGCGAAUGAAGACUAGUCUACCCUGUAUGUCAGCUGGUUUACAAAGCAGCUGCAUAAUUAUGUCAAGAUAUACGAUCCUUGUCAACGGGGGCAACGCCAAAUCCUUUUGUUUCUCCGGUGCUUUAUUCCAAGUAGCCCCGAGGACGUGCGUGAAGCCCAUCCCACUCCGUUCCCUAAACUGACUGCGCCUGCUGUAACGCAAGAGGCGUUUGGCGCUGGAUUUGCCGGUGCCAUUGCACACAUCCAGCCCCUGUAACCUUCAGGUAUGCAGAUGCUCCCUUUGUAGGCGUCGCGACAGACACUUUUUCUAUUUUAAGGUGACCGCCUUCAUCAGAUCUGUCUUCGCUUGGAUCUCCGGCAGUGUGCGUGUCUCUGAGAGUGAUCAGCACGGCCUUAAUUGGACUAUCGAUAAGUUGUUAAUCAGACUGAUGGUUGUUGCGUCAACGGAGGGACGUCUGAGCUAUCAAAUUGGCCGCAAGCGACCCGAUCUAUUAUUGUACCGCUGAGCUGUUUCAUGGCACAAAGAUGAAUGUCGGGAUUUCUCCCCCGUGAUACACUAUAGUUUAUCUGAAGCCGCCGCAGCUGCCUGCCUGUCGCUUUUAUGCAUAGCCUUUACGGGGUCAAGAUGCAGUUUCGGACUGUUCUGGACGUGAAAGUCGUGGACGUGGAGAAGAGGCGCAAUCCGUCUAAACACUACGUAUAUCUCAUCAAUGUCACCUAUUCUGACAACACCUCCCACAUCAUCUACAGAAGAUACAGCAAAUUUUUUGACCUACAGAUGCAGAUACUUGACAAGUUCCCAAUUGAGGGAGGGCAGAAGGACCCAAAGAAGAGGAUCAUCCCAUUUCUUCCAGGCAAAAUCCUGUUCCGGAGGAGUCACGUGCGAGAUGUGGCCAUGAAGCGGCUGCGUUUCAUUGAUGACUACUGCAGGGCACUGGUGCGACUCCCCCCUCAGAUUUCUCAGAGCGAGGAGGUGCUGCGUUUCUUUGAGACAAAAGCUGAGGACAUCAAUCCCCCAGUGGAGGACUAUGGCUCCAAACGCAAGUCGGUAUGGAUGUACGGCUUUACAGACAGCCCGAGGAAAGAGGCCUCAGGGAUGGACAGCUUGGAGCCCAUGGUGCUGGAGCAGUACGUGGCCGUGGCCAGCUACGAGAGGCAGGAGAACUCGGAGAUUAGCCUCAAGGCCGGUGAGACUGUGGAUGUGAUUGAGAAGAGCGAAAGUGGUUGGUGGUUUGUCAGCACAGCAGAGGAGCAGGGCUGGGUGCCGGCCACAUACCUGGACUCCCAGAGUGGAACCAGAGAUGAUCUGGAUUUGGGCACUUCCAGGACUGGAGAAGAAGAGAAAUAUGUUACUGUACAGCCAUAUACCAGUCAAGGAAAGGAUGAAGUCAGCUUUGAGAAAGGGGUCACUGUGGAGGUCAUCCAAAAGAACCUGGAAGGCUGGUGGUACAUCAGGUGACCAUGGAAAGAAGGCUGGGCCCCUGCCUCCUACUUGAAAAAGCUAAAAGAUGACUUUUCCCCUCGUAAGAAGAAUCUGACAGGCCCCGUGGAGAUAAUUGGCAACAUCAUGGAGAUCAGCAACCUGCUGCAGAAGAAGUCGGUCAGUGAGAAGGACAUCCAGACAGACGGAGAGGGGAGCACCACACCAGAGCGCCACAUCUCCAAGAGUGAGAUCAGCCUCCCCAUGCCCUAUAACUCUGAAAUAAAUGCAGAGACAGGCAGGAGGCUGAGCGCGGGCCGUGACACCAACAGUCCAUGUCUAGGAAUAGCAGCAAGCACUGCCCUAAAUGAAAGUAAAGGCAGAAGUGAACCAGGGUCCCCAGCUGUUGCAAGAGUGGCACCGCAUAGAGUGGAAAUUGGCUCUCCAAAUCUGAGACAAAAACCUCCCCCAAGAAGAGAAACCAACUUGGGAUUCCAGUUACCCAAGCCACCAGAGCCCCCUGCUGUGGAAGCAGAGUAUUACACCAUAGCUGAUUUCCAGUCUUCAAUCUCUGAUGGCAUCAGUUUCCGUGGAGGACAAAAGGCUGAUGUGAUAGAGAAGAACCCUGGAGGCUGGUGGUAUGUGCAGAUUGGAGAGAUGGAGGGCUGGGCCCCCUGCUCCUAUAUUGACAAACGCAAGAAACCCAACCUAAGCCGUCGUACCAGCACCCUGACCCGGCCCAAAGUCCCACCUCCAGCUCCACCUGUCAAAAAACAAGACUCUGAGGAGACUCCUCCUCCCCCUGCUAACUCUGCCUCCAAAGUUUCAGAGCCACCUAGCAGGCCUGUGUACGAGGAACCUGAAUAUGAUGUUCCUGCAAUUGGAUGCGAAGGUGAGUCUGACACAGAUUCUCUGAAGAGUGAACGCCCCCUGGAUGUGAAGCUCAUCAGCAUGGUCAGCGACAAGUACCGCAGCUCCCCUCCUUCCUGCAAAGCCUCCCCUCCUGUCUGUAAGGCAUCCCCUGUGUUCACUCAUCGAAGAGCCUCCUUCAGGUCUGUAGAGGAGGCUGCUAAAGAAGAUUGUAUCUAUGAGAAUGAUGGCUUUGUGCAAAGCAGUGGCCCUAAUGGAACCUCAACCAAAGUUUCUAGUGAACCCAACUCCCCCAGAAGCUACCACUCCUCCACGGUCCCACGAAAACCCUCUGGAUCCUCACCUUUAACUGGUAGGCCCAUCAAGACUGUGACUCCAGAGAUGAAUCAGAGAAGUCAGACCCUCGGCAGACACACAGAUAUCAGCCUCAGGUCCCAGGACAGCAGUCCCCACUCUUCAUCAGAUGAAUUGACCAGAGGCCCAAAGAAAAGCCCUGCCUUCACACAGGAUGUGGAGCAGAGAAUAGGUCAAAGCCCCUCCACCAGGCCCAAGCCUUCUGUCAGACCUAAACCACUCCUGACCAAAUCAGAGCCUCAAAGUCCUGAAAGGAUGGACAUCAGCUCUUUGAGACGGCAGCUGAGGCCCACAAGUCAGUUUCGACAUGGACUCAAACCUUCCCGUGGGGAUGACUCUGAAACGGCUUCUGUUAUCUCAUCAGAGGACUCAAUGUGUUCAAGAAGCACCUCAGAUCUGUCCUCUGUUUACUCUAAAGGAAGCCGUGGUGACUCAGACGUGGAAGGCUCCAGUCUUUACCGCUCCCUGGAUGCCUACAAGAAGGUCCAGGACUCUGAGGUUAGCUUCCCAGCUGGGGUGGAGGUUGAGGUUCUGGAGAAACAGGAGAGCGGUUGGUGGUACAUCCGCUGGGGCUCUGAGGAGGGCUGGGCACCCUCGUACUAUUUAGAACCUAUCAGACAAGUGGGUGAUGCUGGUGGCCUGGAAUUAGAUGGACAAGGGAGCAUUGGGAGUAAGUCCAACAGUCUGGAGAAAAAUGAACAACAUGUUUUGGCCCUCAAUAGCAUUAAUAUUCAGGGUCUGACUCAGCAGCAUCAAGGCCUGAGGAGGAACACCCCACCAAUUCCUUCCAAGCCGCCAGGUGGCUUCUCAAAGCCAACUGGGAUGGUUAACGGAGGUGUGCGAAUGAGGAACGGAGUACGCCAGGUGGCAGUGAGGCCUCAGUCUGUAUUUGUGACCACAACACAGCCAGCUAAGGAUGUGCACUACCUGACAGGGUCUCUGAGGCGAAACGAAUCACUCGGUAGAAGUGAUCACUAUGGUUCUGGGUCUGCCACGCUUGGCGUCCGCCGAAAUGCCUCCUUCAGCACUGUGCGGCCACAUGUUGUUGUUGAAAGUCAAACGAGGCCUGCCGAGCGCUCGAGCCUGGGGUUGUCAGGGAGCGCAUUCAGCACAAGUAACGUCCAGGACACCCUUAGUAGAGUUAACCAACGCAACGGCAUCCCUGUGUCCACAGUCCGGCCCAAGCCCAUAGAGAAGAGCCAAAUGAUCCACAAUAACCUUGGCAGGGAUGUGUAUGUGUCUAUCGCUGAUUAUCGUGGUGAUGAAGAGACCAUGGGUUUUACUGAGGGCACCUGUCUUGAGGUACUGGAGAGAAAUCCCAAUGGAUGGUGGUACUGCCAAGUGCAGGACAGCCUGCUUCCCCGCAAGGGCUGGGUCCCCUCCAACUACUUAGAGCGGAAAAAAUAGAACUAACCCCACAUUCUUCCCCUCCCCUUCACCCCAACUUCCCCUUUCGAUGUCCAAGAGCGUGGGUGGCAUCACUCCUUAAGAAUGUUACCCGCAGUCUCCUGUAAGCAAUAUGUCCUUGAAAAUAUACAUCUAUGAAAAGGUUAUGUCUAAAAAGAAGGAUGAGUUAAUCUGACAAGGAAGGACACUUUUAGUGCUGGUUUACUAAAAUGGAUACAAGGUGGAGUGUAAAGAUUUGAAACAUUUUGGCUGGAAAUAUGAGACCGAAACAUGGAACUGGUGAGGAAAUUAGUGGACUGCAUCUUUGAGAUCUAAAAUGGUAUGAAUGGGAGUGCUAACCCCUUAAAGAGGCCUGCAUUAUGUAAUACAGAAGCUGAGCAGGGUAAUGGCUAUGCUUAUUCCUGCCCUUCACUGACUAUGAUGGCCAAUGAGUGCCUUUUGUGAUUGAUCACCUGAAUGGAGGUCCUAAAUGGUGGAUUGCAAAACAUUAAAUCAACCAAAUCUUUUAAGAGUGCCAUAGGCCUUUGAACACCACCAAGAGCAUUUCCAUAACUAAGUAAGAGCUCCACUACAGAGUGCAAACAAAGUGCAGCGUUUUAAUGUAGACCGCUCUGUUGGGUCCAAUACACAGAUUAAAGAAAGAAAAACAGAGACGUGAAGGACCCAGGUGAUGAGAUGUCAUCAACAGAACAACACGAAAAUCUCAUUAUCAGUAUUUUUAUUUCGUUUGUUGUUCAUUAUAAUGUCUUGUGUUGAUGCAAGUCUUUUCUUAGAGAAUUAUUUCUGCUUUCUUGUGACAUCUGUUUUCCACCAACAGCCCACAGUUGGACAAGUUAAGCUCUUGCCUUACGUCUUGUACAAUCUGAAGUGAUACUGGCAAAACAUACAGUAGGUGCUCCAGUUGGAUAAAUUGGCUUAGUUUUGUCAUGGAACCCCAGGCCCCACAAAAAUGUAUUAAGAUGAAUCUUUUUAAUCCCAGAUGUAACUAGCUGAGAUAUAAAAACCUGUGAAACUUGAAGAUAACACUUGGAUAUCUUAGUGUCCUGGAAAAUCAAAGGAACAACUUGAGUGCCCUCCGGAACAACACCACCUCAGAUCUGGAUAGCUAAUAACCUCAACAAAUGAAAAUGAUUAGUUUACAAAGAGUUAGGUUUACUGUGGUGUUUUAAUUCCAGGAACAAUUGAUUUUGUAUAUAUAUUUUGUAUUCAUAUAAUGACACUGCUAUUUGUGGAGUUGUAUUAAAUAAGUACUGGAAAUGCAGUGAAAAAUUGGAAUCCCAGGGACAUAUUUGCAUAAAGUUUAGCCCAGUGUGUACACAACAAAGAGAAAUACCAUUUCAUUGGCCAAGUUUUAUUAUUAUUACUAUUUAUUUAUGGUACAAACCAAAUGCCUAAAGUGUGGUUUCUGAACUGAAAAACAAGGUUCAGUACCCAGAAGCACUUGAUACUUCUCAAAGACUGAUCAACUGUAUUUGAUAUUGCUGUGCAGUAUUGCUUUUGAUACGAAAUAGACAACAUAGUUUAAUGAAAGUUGACUUACUGAUCCCACAGUUUAAAAUCAAAUAAAUAAAACUUAGCAAUCACCUAAAAAAUAUCAAAUAAUUCUCCCCUAGUGCAGAAGUUACACCAAUUUGAAAUUCUGAACUAAAUCCAACUUUAAAAAUUAACACGGCUGAUGUUCAAGACUGCUGAAAUACAUUUUCUAACACGCAGUGGGAGCUCUCAGUCUGAGGCUGAACACUACCUUUUUGUUAUGUUUCUGCUGGACAGUAUCAUAUUAUUAAACAAAGUACAGUACCUGCUACUUUAUCUAAUUUAGCAAAACCAUAUUUGUUUUUUGUGUGUUUAUUUGUUACUCUGUGAUCACACAGUAACAAUAAUGAGGAACGAAGUGGUUCUGUUUUGUGAAUUAGUGCACCUUAAAAUUGUUUUUAUGGUGCAUUAAUGCAAAGAUGCAGUAAAUACUCAGCAUUUAUUUAUUGAAUACAUUUUUUAAUAUUAUUUAAAUGUCUCUAUUGGUUUUUUCCUCAUCUCAAAUGAGAGGAGGAGCUCUGAGUUCUCUACUGUAAACAUGCCAGUCUAUGCGUAGCAGUAGAGAACCAGAGACCUCGUGUGGCAGGUCAAAGGUACUACAACAUGAUUUUUAAAGAUCCACACAGCUUGUGUAUCAGCAAUCUUACCUCAGUGCAAUAAGAAAUGCACUGCUGGUCAGUGAGUCUCCCCCAGAACUGUACAGAUUCUUUUUUCUCUUUUUUAUCUGAGUGCAGCUAAAAAUAUUUUUGUAGUACAUGGUUUGUAUUGGGCAAUAAUUUAUUUUACUGAAAAUUUCAAAAGGUCCUUUUUUCCUCUAUGCUGUGUGCUGCAACUUUAGCAAAUCACGGGCACUUCCUUCAUCUUUAUUGUCUUACAUAAUGCCUGAUUUAAAGUAUUUAUUAUGAGUAGUUUUCUGUGUUAUAACAGUUGGAUGAUCUUUGCUACCCCAUUCAAAAUAUUUCUCUAUAUUACUGUAACAAUAAUAAUCUGUAUAGUAUUAUACAGAUUGUAAUUCUUACAGAAAUUGGGCUUCAGUAAUAUGCAAAAUGCCAACUCAGCACUCAACAAAAACAUUAUAAUUUAGUCAAGUAUGUGAGGUUUUUGCAUUUAUUUUAAAAGGUCUAACCAUAUCAGACAUAUAAAUAAUAACAUAAACAGCUAGGAUGCUGAUAUUUGCCCCUUCCCAUCAAGACGAAGGCAUUAUGUAAAUGUGUUGAAUCACUUUUACCAUUGUGCUCCAGCACAUCAUAUUAUUGCAUAUCGCUUUGUUUGAAAAGAAUUCACCCGCAAAAGAAUGGUUGUGUGUCGAGCAUACAUUUAGCUGUGUAGCAUCUAUGUCUAGUCAGGCUUUUAUUGUAUGCUCUUUUUUUUUCAUUUUUAUACCCUGUUUUGUUCAAUUCUGAAGUGUACCUGUGAGGAAAUGUGCAAUAGAUAAAAAGAAAAAACACUUAAUGUUUCAAGAAUAGGAAGAAUAUCACAGGUCUAGUAAAACAAUUACAUCUGAUGGUAGUGUAGACGUUCCUGGUUGAGCUGCCACAUUUAAAGUCAUAAUUAAGUUAAAGAGCAGAUGCGUGAGGCUGAAAUCAUCAGAAAAGUCACUGGACCAAAGCAGUCUCAUGUGACACCUCAUUAUGUCCUGACAUGAUGGACUUUCUAAUGAUGAAGAUCAGAUUCUCUGCUCCUCCUGCCCUGGAUCAGCAGUGGACACUGAUUUGUAAAUGGCAUGGCAGAAACCCACUGACCCAUCCUGUAUUGACAUUACAGCCAUCUGGGGUCUUCUUUACACAUGGAGAAUUAUGGGCCCUUCAUCGGGGGCCUCAGUGUCCCUGCUCUGAACUGUCACGUUCGUGCCUGAAUGGAAUUUUGAUAGUUUCUUGUUUUUGUGUUGUUGUUUUCUUCUCCUGUUUGUUCCCCCUCUGGAGUGUGCCCUCUCUCCACCUACGCAGAUGCCUCUCUUGACAUUUACCCCGUCAUUGUCAAACCAAAUGAGACUUUUUCCUCUCCGGUCUCCAUGACGAAGGUGAUAUUCAGAGCUGUCUGCAGUGGUGAGCAAACAGACAUCAAUGGGGAGAGUCUCGACGGUAAACAAGAGACCGGGCAGAUGAACGCACCUUCAGGCCAUUUCACUUCAGUUCAUCAACUUCUAGAAUGUUCGCCAAAAAUAGAAAAAAAAAACUUUGUUCUUCUCCUUGCUGAGCCCCAGGGAGGCCUUAUUGAUGUGCUACUGUACAGCCGAACACAUCAUUGUGCUAAAGAGUUGCUGUGUGUACAGGCCAAUACACAGAGCUCCCUGUCUUGUUGUCCAUAAAUCCUUCUGUUUUCAUAGAUAAAUUCCACCUUAAAAGAGUAGUUCAAUAUUUUGGAAUAUACCUGUGUUCACUUUCUUGCCCAGAGUUGAAAUGCAAAGGUUGAUACCACUCUCAUGACUCUUGGUUAAAGUUAUUAUUAGGAGUUGAAUGUGGUUCUCCUGGUGUCAGUCUCCUGGCUCUAGCUUCAUCAGCACAGAAAUAUGAGGAUGGUAUCAAUUUUCUCGCCAAACUCUCUGCAACAAAGCCAACAAGGUUAUUUCCCAAAACAUCUGAUUAUUUUUUUAAGCUUCACAUUUCAAACAUGGCCGACCAGUGUAGUCUUUCUCAGACACACUGCUGUCAGACCUAUGCAUCUGCACAACAGAAUGGAAAAGAAACUGGCUGGGGUUUGAGUUUAGCUUUCCACCUGCACAACUGAGCAUGUGAGCACAUGCCAACACAGACUCAUGAUGAUCGAGGAGUCAUUCACGCCAGAGGAAAUGUGUGCAUUUCCGGACAGCUUGCCAAAGGUGAUACAGCGCUGCUGCUUUGACUUCCUGUUUUAUUCUACUCUUUCUUUUAUUUUAAAAAUGGACUGCACCUUUCAGGCUGAAGCACCUUAAGCUCUGUAUUCCCAAACACUAGAGCUGGUACCAUAGCACAUUCCUCCUCCCAUUCCUCCUAUUUCUGUUCCUUUGCCACAUAAAUCGAUGUCUUUCCUCGACACAGCCGGCAAAUUGACUGAGACAUCUAUAGGAGGGUUUGGGUGGGGAGUGUUUACAUGCAUGCGUGUUUGUGCAUGGUGAGAUGGAUUGUUUGCAGGUGGAAGAGAAGACAAGCUAGAGGUCAAGGAUGAGAGUUGUGAGAGCAGGAUGCAGGAUGAAUCAGAUAGUGGACUCUGAGGUGAGAGGAGCUGUGCUCUGACAGGAGGGAGAUGAAAGGUCGGCAGGCACUGUCUCCACUCUGAAAAAUAAGCCCUUCCAACAGUGAGCCCAUUUUGUCAAACCUCCCUCACCCACCUUUCUAAAAGCUAAUGAGACCUAAAGAGCUCUCUGCUUGGAAGCCUGAGCUGUGAAAGCCCACUUCUCCAACGUGUUAAUUGCAGCACUUGAAGUUUUUGAAGCUGCAUCACAAGAAAACUGUAAGACAGAGACAGACGGGUUUCACACUCCAGCAGCUUCUCUCAGCCUCACUCUCAGUCCAUGGAGGAGCUUUAGAACUGAUCCUGCAUCAGAUUUCAGCUUCUUUUACUGUCUUCAGAUCUUAUGUAGCCCUGGGUGUGAAAUCUGAGCUGGGUGUUGGAAAAAAGAUUUUUGAAUCAGAAAAAAAGUCUUCAAAUAGUGGAUUUCUUGUCUCUUUUUGCUUUAUUCAUUCUUGUUUUUGUGAAGAAAAUAACUGAUUCUUGUAAAAGUGUAAGGAUUUGAAGGGUUUAUUCACAUCUAAUUGAAACAAGAAUGAAAUCAAAAGCACAACAGCAUCCAGCUCUGGAAUAGAGUGAUUGCUGAGUUAAUAAAGGCAGUUGUUUGACAGAAGGGGCAGGUUUGGUAGGAAGGUUUUAGCAAGUGUGUGGGAGCUGGUGGGAGAUACUUAGGGGGAUGAUUUGGUAGGUUUUUAAUUAAUGUCUCGUUUUUGUGCAAGAGAAAAGAAAGAAAAGAACAAGCGCAGCUGCAGGUCUUUUUCUCAAGCAGUUGGGUUAAAAAAAAAAACAACCUCUGAGGCCUGCGAAUGCUGAUUAUUUAUGUCAUUCGGAGAACUUCCUCACAGAAGCACAGUUGUUUGGCAUCAGCGGGAGCCGUCUCCGAGCUCCGGAGAGGAGGCUGUGUCGAGGAACGACGCGCGCUGCCGUGUUUCCGUGGCGCUUUCCUUUGUCUGUCUUUGGCUCCCCCGUUUCUAAUUAGCACAACAGUGUGUCUUAAUUAACCUCAGCCAGCCAGCCAGUAUUCCAGUGCUAACAGCUUUCUAACGAAGAACAGCGUGGCUGCUGCCAUGGUCGGAACGCAGCCAUGCUGUUGUGGAGGAGGGGAGAUGUCAGAAGUGAUAGAUGUUGAGUGACAGCUGAGGUGGAUUCAUGAUUCAUGGGAAGGUAGAGCUUGUUUUUAGCCUGGAUGUUGUAUUUAUAGAAUAAGAUUUGUCACCACCCUGCUGUGGAAAGCAGUGUGCCAAAAAAAGAAAAAAAA